UGGCUGCGACGGGGGGAUCCCAGCGCCCGGCCCAAAUUAGGUCAUUCCUGGGCAUUCCGAAAGCGAGACUUUCUCUGCCGGCAAGGGAGGAAGGAACGAGGGAGCGGGCGAGGAGGAGCCGAGACCUCUUGAACCCAGAAGACUCAGGGGCCGGGGUUUCGGGCUGCGGGGCUUUUGCAAGGGGCGCCACUCUCUUGACCCUCCCAAGCAGCUAGUCCUCUGGACUUCCUUCUGCUGCCCUCCAGGUUGCCGAGUUCCCUCCUUCUCCUGCUACUCCUCCCCCAUUGCCUAGAGGACACAAUGGGCUUGAAAGCCGGUCUCCCCGCUGGCUGCCCCGUGGUGGUGCUGGUGCUGGUGCUGGUGGUGGUGCUCUGCCUGGGCGGCGCCCUGGGGGUCCCCACCUUCAGGAAGGAGAGGGGCGCCCACCCGGAGCCCCAGCUCAGCGAUCAGCAGCACGAAGACAACCAGAGCUUCCAGUACGACCACGAGGCCUUCCUGGGCAAAGAAGAAGCCAAAACAUUCGACCAGCUCACUCCUGAGGAAAGCAAGGAAAGGCUGGGGAAAAUUGUUGAUCGAAUAGAUGAUAACAAAGAUGGUUUCGUCACAACAGAGGAAUUAAAAAACUGGAUUAAAAGAGUGCAGAAACGCUACAUCUUUGAAAAUGUGGCAAAGGUCUGGAAGGAUUAUGACCUCAACAAAGAUAAUAAAAUUUCCUGGGAAGAAUACAAACAAGCCACAUAUGGCUAUUACUUAGAAAAUCCAGUUGACUUCCAAGAUGCAACAGAGCAGCACAGCUUUAAAAAAAUGCUACCUAGAGAUGAAAGAAGAUUCAAAAGAGCUGAUCUGGACGGAGACUCUGAAGCCACUCGGGAGGAGUUCACAGCAUUUCUUCACCCUGAGGAGUUUGAGCAUAUGAAAGACAUUGUUGUUCUAGAAACGCUAGAGGACAUAGACAAAAAUGAAGAUGGAUUUGUAGAUCAAGAUGAAUAUAUUGCUGACAUGUUUGCACAUGAAGAUGGUGGACCAGAGCCUGACUGGGUAAUAACAGAACGGGAACAGUUUGCAGAUUUUCGAGAUCUGAACAAGGAUGGGAAGAUGGAUAAAGAUGAAAUUCGCCACUGGAUUCUCCCACAGGACUAUGAUCAUGCACAGGCUGAAGCAAGGCACUUAGUCUAUGAAUCUGAUGUGGACAAGGAUCAGAGGUUGACCAAAGAAGAGAUUAUAGACAACUGGAAUAUGUUUGUUGGAAGUCAAGCUACAAAUUACGGGGAAGACCUCACAAAAAAUCAUGAUGAGCUAUGAUGUUCUUUGAAAGGCAAAUGCAUCAGAGACUUGAGUCUGGUUUUCGUAUAUGUGACCAAAAUAACAGUGUUGUUUUGGCAAGCUGGUUUUGCACCAUUGUAUGUUUUUAAGGAAAGCUGUUUUAUUGAAUGCAGUAGUUACCACUUUUUAAAAAAGUAUUUGCACAUUUUUAUGAUAGUUUUAGUUAUUGUAGGACUUUCUGAUUUACAGCUUGAUACACUCUCACCUCAAUCCUAAAUGUGCACCACCCACUCAAAUCAGUGGGGCUUGUCUAAAGUGUAAGAUGGGACCAGUCUCUUAUGAUGUUGACCUGUGCUAUAUCAUACUAUAAGGCAGGAUGAGACUGAAAUUUUGAAACUGCCUCAGUAUCUUAAGAAAAUAGGUUAGAUGUGGCCUAUGACAUGUUAGUUUUCUUUGUGUGGGAAUCUUUUUCUUUGUGUAAUUCCACAUUUUGAUUUCCCUACCUGUAGACCACUAACAUCAAAAGAGACUGCCAACUAUGGAAAGCUGCCUUUCCCAAGCCAAUGUUUGGACUAAAGUACCCAUCAUCCUCACUAGUAUGACUAGGAGCAACAGGACUUGUAGUCUGACCCAACUGGAGGCUACUACUUAGAGGAGGCUGGUGUAACCCAGGAUAUUAUUCAUGGAGGAGAGGUGCAACAAGGAGCUGUGUAAGCCCUGAUGCAUUUGCAGUGAUCCAGUGAGCUGGCAAAUGGUCAGAACUGCCAUCUCAGUCAUUAUAAGGUGGCCAUCUUUCAUUACUUCAUCCCUUGUAUACUGAUAGUGGGGCUUUAAGACAGGCACUAGAAAGCUGGUUUUGGAUUUGGGUCUUUCUUGAAACCUCGUUGUAAUUAUGUGCCUUCAAGUCAACUCAGAAUUUUGGCUACUCACUUCUAGAUGUAAUUGGAAGAAGUUUACCAUUGCCUUCUGCUAAGAUUGAAAAUGUUUUUUGCCCAAGAUCACCCAGUGAGUUUCUAUGGUUGAGUGGAGAUGUGAACCCUGAUCUCUUUGAAUUCUAGUCCAACACUCAAACCCAUUAUACCACAUUGGCUGUCCAUGUUCUUGAAAUGUAACAAAAGUGAAUCCAGCAUUCUUCAAAAUGUGCGUAACUAUGUAUACACAUACAUUUAUACAUACACACAUUCCUACAGGAACAUAGUCACAGGCUUCUGCUAUCUCCCCUUCUUUCUUUGAGGCACAAAUGGCAGUGGGUGGAGGGCUUCAGGUGCUUUAUGGUGAGCCCAGGGUAUGGCAAAUGGCUCAGCAUAGCAUAGUUCAAAACUCACACACUACUCUUAGCCAUGCAGGAUUGCAGUCAAAUAUGCUGGCGCUGAGCAGUCUAUUUCUCUAUUGCCUUUCUUCAUAGCUGCUAUGUCUUUCUUCUCCUGUUGUUAUUGCUUAGGCCAGCAUAGUUGAACCAUUAUAAUAUCCCCGCAGAAUAUCAACCUGCCCAGAUUCUGUGUGUCAAUGCAAGGGACUCUUCAGUUUCCAUAUCUAAUUAAAUACAUGGCAGUUUCCCAGCCAUCCCAUGGAGGGUCUAGUUCUUAUUCUACCAUUCACUGGUUGAAUACCAUACACAUUGUUGUUGAUGAUCCAUAUCUCCCAGCAUCUGAUCAGAGGUGACCAUAAGAUUUAAAAGCUCACUUAUAUCUCCCCAUGUGCUUCCUGAAUGUAUGUAUCUCAUCCUCUUCCACUAGCUUUGCAUAUAUGUUUCCAAGUGAGGGGAGAAAAUAUUUUGAGUGGAGAAAUUCUAUUGAACUCCUGCCUUGGCAUAAAAAUAUAACCCUACCUUUAUACCAGUGCAUCUUGCAAUCAUUUCAAAAACAGUAUCAACACAUUAUGAGCUUUGCUUGAUCAAAGGAAUGUCUAAUGCAGAGCUGCUACUUUCUGCAUAUUCACCAUGUUAGACAGAAUGAUUUAUAUCAGGUUUUGUUUUGUUUUGUGUGUGUGUGUGGUUUUGUUGAAUUGCUUAUUAUGUGUGAAUAGCGAUAAUUUCAGUGGCAAGGCAACAGUGAACAGGCAGUCCUCAAUUUAUGAACAAGAUAGGUUCUGUAGGUUUGCUCUUAAGUUGAAUUUGUUUAUAAGUCAGAACAGGUACAUUUUAAGCACAACUCCAGUCACACACACAUAUGUGUGCAGGCAUGUUUUGGAUAGCAUAGCAAAGGAUUAACACCACUGUGGUGUUUGUUUUGCUGUCUGUGCCUCUGUUCAAAACAUUUCAAAACACUUUCAAAUUUUGAAAAAAUUGGCUUAUUGUGGUAACAAGAAUUGGUGAGAAAGCUUCAGUGGAGACACCUUUUCCCCAUGAUAACUCUUUCAGAAGUGAAUUUCCCUUCCUCAGGGUAGAUUUCUCUCACUUCCUGUUGUCUCAUCCCCGUUUGUAACUAUGAGUCAUUUGUAAGUCGGAUGUUUGUAACUUGGUGACAGCCUGUAUUUUCAACCAGCUCUUUUGGUUGGGAUGUAGAAGAGUUCUUACAUGAGUCUGAGUUGGUGGCCAUGUACUUCUGUAUAUACGGAGAAAGAUAUGCAUUGCCACUUUAAGGAAAUGUUCUGUUAUCAGCUACUAUAAGCUUUUAACUUUGCUGUAUUUUAUAAACAUAUCAGCUCUUCCAUGUACAACUGUAUUUUUUCUGCCUGUAUUGACUUGAAGAUAUGAACAAUAAAUGGGCAACUUUUAGGGAAUAA